GGAUUGUGUGAACAGUUUUGACGUAUUAUUGACUGCAAAACAUCUGAUGUGUUGUUGUUUUGUGUGAUUCAGUCAUUCAGUCAUUCAUUGAUCGCUUCGCCAAAGACUUCACUUCACGUCAUAUUAUUAUAAAUACAUUUGACUUUCAUUUGAUUCAAAAACAUUUCAAAUUGUUUUUUUGUUGCUUUCGUUGAACUGAGUGUCCAUUGGAUCCACUGAAUCGACUGCAAGACAGGACAACAAUAUGGGAGUUAUCAGACAUUUCAACGCCAAUCUCAGCAACGACUCGGAUCUCAUUGAAGACAUUCUCGAUAAUUUACUCGAUGGUAAUGAUAGUGAAGUGGAAGGGGUUGUGGAGGGAAGUGGUGUCCGUCGGAGACGCGACAAUCGGAACCGUUUGCGACGAAGUCGUCUCUUAAGACCUGAGCCCACGUUUCGGGCGUUGGGUUUGAGAGGAAAGGGCCGUAAAAAGCAUCGAAGAUAUGCUGAUUCAAACCUAUUGUCACAACAAUACGAAUCCCUCUCCGAUGGAGAAGAACUGAACGAUAUAUCCAUUUAUGACUUCAUUCCGCAGACGGUCUCAGCCUUCGCUCAAAUUCUCCUCAAAGAGGAUAAUAUGAAGGCAUUGAAUGACAUCAUUAACUGCACUGAAGACCAACAAAACCAACUCUUGGCUCAAAUGACCAAAAAGCGAAGCAGAGCUCAAAGUGAACGCAAAGCCACUGACGAUGACAUUACUGACGGUCGCAUACGUGAGACCGCAUUCAAUGCCGACCAAUGCUUCAAAAGAAUUGAUUCCGACCUCAAGAGUACACUGAAGAAGAAACACUUACCACUCGGAGUUUUGGCAUCGAUUGAAGAGGAGAUCUUGAAAUUCUUCAGUAAGAAUCCGCUCCAAACCUAUAGAUCGUGCCUUCAAGACGGCUAUCGACGGCUAUUACUCCACGCCUGCUGUCAAUACCUGGACCUCAAGUGUCUCAGCUUUGACUCCAACGGCGAGCGCUGGUCGAGAGUUAACAAUCCCAACAAGUAUUUCUCUCAGCCAUCAGUAAUGCUCACCGAAUACCUGGAGAAUCGUUUCGCCACUUCUUAACGAUAGUAUUUUGUACCAAAAACUUGUUUACUAUAAGUAUAAGACAAAUGUGUAAAACACUGCCUCAAUAUUUGUUUGGUUUUAUUUCGUUUAAUUUUGUUGUUUUCUUUUAGUUAAAAUAUUUUAUUUUCUCAAAUAUUUCAUCACUUUUUUGAAUGUUUUACUGUAUUUAAUAUAAUAUUUAACAUAUUUUUUGUGUUUUACAAGUGUUUGUCUGGUUUGUAACUAAUUGUAACGUUUAAUAGAUUGGUAUCAAUUAAAUAAAAUAAUGCAUUGAAUUCAUAUGAACUUUGAUCCCACUUUUGCUUAAAUCUCAUAAAAUGACG